CAAAGGAAAACGCCCGAUUCCAAUUCCAGCCUCUUCUCUCGGCUUCCGGAUCACACUGCGAGUUCCUCCCAAGCCCCCAAAUCCACGAACUUACUCCUAUCGGUGCGAGCAUGGGGACGCUGGGGAAGGCGAUCUACACCGUCGGAUUCUGGAUUCGGGAGACCGGCCGGGCCAUCGAUCGCCUCGGAUGCCGCCUCCAGGGCAACUACUACUUCCAAGAACAACUGUCAAGGCAUCGUACACUCAUGAAUAUAUUUGACAAAGUGCCCAUUGUUGACAAGGAUGCAUUUGUGGCUCCAAGUGCAUCUGUCAUUGGUGAUGUUCAAGUGGGUCAAGGAUCCUCAAUUUGGUAUGGAUGCGUAUUGAGAGGUGAUGUGAACCGCAUCCGUGUGGGAUCUGGAACUAAUAUACAAGAUAAUUCACUUGUGCAUGUAGCAAAGUCUAAUUUAAGUGGGAAGGUCUUGCCGACCAUUAUUGGAGAUAAUGUUACAAUAGGUCAUAGUGCUGUCUUACAUGGAUGCACUGUCGAGGACGAGACUUUUGUUGGUAUGGGUGCAGUCCUGCUUGAUGGGGUUGUCGUGGAAAAACACGGCAUGGUUGCUGCUGGUGCCCUUGUAAGGCAAAAUACGAAGAUCCCAUGCGGAGAGGUAUGGGGAGGUAAUCCAGCAAAGUUCCUGAGGAAGCUCACAGAAGAAGAGAUUGCUUUCAUUUCCCAAUCAGCAACCAACUAUUCCAAUUUGGCCCAGGUACAUGCUGCUGAGAAUGCUAAGGCAUUCGAUGAUAUCGAGUUAGAGAAGGUGCUGCGCAAGAAGUAUGCUCGCAGGGAUGAGGAUUAUGAUUCAAUGCUUGGAGUUGUUCGAGAAGUACCACCAGAGCUUAUUCUUCCUGACAACAUCCUACCCAACAAAUCUCCCAGGCCUUCGCAAUGAAUCAUGUCAGACAUAAUCAGCCAUCUUUACCACAUUGCUUUUGGGGAUACUGUUAUUGGAUGGGAAUGUCGAAGGAGUCUAAUGGCUUUUCUUUCUUUUCACCUUCUCAAUAAUCUUUGGGUCAGGCUGCAUUUUAGAAUCGGCCAAAAUACUUUUUGGAUUAUCAGAUUUUUUAUCGGGUUCCAUCUGAGAUCAUGUGUUGUUCCAGGAUUUGAUGCAAUGAAAGAACUCUGAAUGGACCGUCAAGCUCCAGCAUAGUUUGGGAUCUUGAAGUAAUUCAUGAUCUUUAUAUACAAUUCUUUUGUGCAACUUCAUUACUAUGCUAUCUUAGCAGCAGAAAAUUCAACACCACUGACAUGUUCUUGUGAUU